ACUACAUUUCCCAUCACGCCCCCCUCUUUCCGGCUCACCCCUGGCCCAUCAUGGCGUCUGCCGGCGGUACCGAACCGGACCGGCCGCACCCGAAGCCGUUUCUCAUCGGCGUCAGCGGCGGCACCGCCAGCGGCAAAUCCACAGUGUGCGAGAAGAUCAUGGAGCUGCUGGGGCAGAACGAGGUGGAGCGGAGGCAGCGCAAAGUGCUGAUCCUCAGCCAGGACAGCUUCUACAAGGUGCUGACGGCCGAGCAGCAGGGCAAGGCGCUCAAGGGACAGUACAACUUCGACCACCCGGACGCUUUUGAUAACGAUCUGAUGCGCACAACCCUCAAAAACAUCGUGGAAGGGAAAACGGUGGAGGUUCCGACCUACGACUUCGUGACCCAUUCGAGGAUGCCCGACACCACCGUGGUGUACCCGGCCGACGUGGUGCUGUUCGAGGGCAUCCUGGUGUUCUACAACCAGGACAUCCGCGACAUGUUCCACCUGCGGCUCUUUGUGGACACGGACUCCGAUGUACGGCUGUCCCGUCGAGUUCUAAGGGAUAUGAAGCGCGGGAGGGACCUGGAGCAGAUCCUGACGCAAUACACCACGUUUGUGAAACCCGCCUUCGAGGAGUUCUGCCUGCCGACCAAGAAGUACGCAGACGUGAUCAUCCCCCGAGGAGUCGACAACAUGGUGGCCAUAAACCUCAUAGUCCAGCACAUUCAAGACAUCCUGAACGGAGACAUCUGCAAGUGGCAGCGAGGGGCAGUGAACGGACACGGCCGGACCUACAAGCGCCCGUUCUCUGAGCAAGCAGAGAGCAGCAGCGUGUUGGCAGCUGGCAAACGGUCCCACCUGGAGUCCAGCAGCCGUCCGCACUAACCCGAGUCCGAAGGAUUUGCCUCUGGUCCAGACCAACACUGCAGACAACUUUGGGAAGGAAAGACUGCACCACAAUGCCCGGUGAAGUGCCCUUGAAACCAUCACAGCAGCAGAGGUGGUAGCGAUGUGAAACUUGUGGCAGAGAGGAAGGAGUUGGGCUGUGGCCCCAAAAGCUUUACCCUUCCUCCAUGAGAUGACUGAAUCUGUUCUAUUAAUCACCUCCUUAAGGGAAGUUCUACUUGGUUCUUCUUAAUUUUCAAAGUGGAAUCUAGUGCUGAAGUUUAUCCUGAAAGUAACCAGGUUUUUAGCAAGAGACCCCAUUUCCCUGACGAUGCUCUUUCUUAGCAGGAAGAUUAACAGACUGAACAGCAUCUAACCAAGAGGCUCACGGUCUGUUAAUCACAACAAGCAGGUACAGUCCUUCCUCUUCUCCUGCCUUGCUAUGACCCUUAAGUUCUCACACUGCUCUCCUGCUGGCAAACCUUGGCAACCUGUGGGGGCAGGAACACAACUUCCUGAGUGCAGCCAUAGCGGAAUCUCUCCCCCCAGGGCAGAGAGAAGUCUGGAAUAAAUGGGAACUUACUCUUCAUUGAGGGAACAGGCCCAAGAAGUAGCGUGGUUCUUGCCCCUACAAAGUGAUACGUUUCUAAGCUACUGCACCUCGCUGUGCUGUAUGCAGAGAAGGCUUCUAUUUUUGUACCCAAAUAGUGUUUUCUUUACCACAGUUACCUGAAUGUGUGAGCUCCAACUGGAUUGAGUUGCUCACAGAAACCUGACCUUGUCAGUCUGAGUGUCUUUUAGGGCAUUUCUGCGCUGUUGGCUGCAGAUUCUGCUGGGCAGAAUCCAUCCACGUCCAGAGCUGGGUGGUAAAACUGACAAGGGAAAAGCAGUGAAUUGCAAAACCUUCCUUGUUGAUGCCACAAACAGCUGUGUAUCUAAACGUGGUUUUACCAUCAAUCAGGGCCACAGUGACUAAAUGGACGGAUGUUCCGAUUUUCUAACCAAAACCCCCCCAACAACAGAGCCAAACAGAUUAGAGACUGGAAGUACAAACAGUGACAUCCCAAUUUGUGCAGUUUACCCCAUAUAACUUCAGCAACGUAAAGUUUGUGGCAGAGAAUGUGAAAUGAAGUUGGGCCUUUGAGAAUGUCCUCGUUACAUCCUUCUCAAGUCUGUAAUUACAGAGUAAUUUGAAGAAUGGGGUGGGGGGGAAAUGUUACUGAGAGGGACUUUUUGAUAAUUUCUGGUUGAUUUUCUAAGCUUCGAUCUGGCUGUGUUGGUUAUGGGUGUGUAACUUUGGCUAAUAAACACGUGAACAAACCA